CUCGCUGCUUUGGUCUCACCUCAAUUUCUCUUAUUUCUUUUUCUUUUUUUAACCAAAACCGCUCUCUAAAAGCAGUAAAAGCCAAGAAUUAAUGCUGGCUGGCUGGGUGGGCCUUAGCAAAAUUAUAACGUCAAGAGAGGAUACUAAUACCACUUGGAUUAACUUAAUUUGUUUAUGGUGGGAGUUGGAAACGUGUUCAUACUCAUAUUUGGUAUUUGAUAGCAGAGGGCUGGAGGCGACUCCAGGUGUGGAGCAGCGUCGGGGUCCAGGGCGGCCAUCCGCACCUUGUGAAGCUUCUUUCUUUGUUCCAAAGUCUACUCUUUUCUCUCCAUUCAAUUAAUGCAGGCUCUCCUUCUUUUACAACAGCAACGAGUUAAAUUUUCCCCCAUUCAGCUAAUCUAAUCAUUUCACACGCUACUCUCUCUGCCCUGUCUUGGAUUUCCUUGGCUUCUGAUUAAACCCAGAAAAAGGACAACAACAAAGAGAAGAAAGAAAAUAGUAAAGGAUGAGGUUGUUGAUAUGGUACUUUGCCUGGGGUUGGUUAAUGGUGGGAGAAACAGUAGUAAUGGGGGCUAGCGAGAGUUCAGGGGAGAGAAAACUUUAUCAGACACCUACAUGGGCGGUGGCUGGGGUUUGUGCUGUUAUCAUCAUCAUUUCCAUUCUCUUGGAAAAGGUUCUUCACAAACUUGGAACGUGGUUCACAGAAAGGCACAAGAGAGCUCUGUACGAAGCCUUAGACAAGGUUAAAGCUGAGCUGAUGGUUCUGGGUUUUAUUUCGCUGCUCCUCACUUUCUGCCAGAGCUAUAUUGCUAGAAUCUGUAUCCCUACAAACGUUGCCAACACUAUGUUGCCUUGCAAAGCUGAUAGUGAGCAGGACACCUCUACCAGCAGUGAAGAAGAACACCGUCGAAGACUCUUGUGGUUUGAGCGUAGAUUUUUGGCUUCUGUUUCAACUGCUCCUAAAUGCAACGAGGGGCAUGAACCGCUUAUAUCCACUGAAGGAUUGCACGAGUUACACAUCCUCAUAUUCUUCUUAGCAGUUUUUCAUGUUUUAUAUAGUUUUGUUACUAUGAUGCUUGGGAGACUAAAGAUUCGCGGCUGGAAGGUAUGGGAGCAGGAAACAUUGUCCCAUGACUAUGAGUUUUCAAAUGAUCCUUCCAGAUUCAGGCUUACUCAUGAGACAUCUUUUGUGAAAGCCCACACCAGCUUUUGGACUAGGAUUCCUUUCUUCUUUUACAUUGGAUGCUUCUUUCGACAAUUUUUCAGGUCUGUUGGGAGGGUUGACUACUUGACAUUGAGGAAUGGAUUUAUCACUGUUCAUUUAGCUCCUGGAAGUAAGUUUGACUUCCAAAAAUAUAUCAAAAGAUCAUUAGAGGAUGACUUCAAGAUUGUUGUUGGAGUAAGUCCAGUGUUGUGGGCAUCAUUUGUGAUCUUCUUGCUGCUAAACGUUGAAGGGUGGCAAGCAUUACUUUGGGCAUCCAUGAUUCCUGUGAUUAUAAUCUUAGCUGUUGGGACAAAGCUUCAAGCCAUUUUGACAAAGAUGGCUCUUGAAAUUACAGAAAGGCAUGCCGUGGUCCAGGGAAUACCUCUUGUGCAAGGCUCAGACAAAUAUUUUUGGUUUGGUCGACCCCAAUUAAUUCUAUAUCUGAUUCAUUUUGCAUUGUUUCAGAACGCAUUCCAGAUAACUUAUUUCCUGUGGAUCUUGUAUUCAUUUGGGCUGGAUUCUUGCUUUCAUGGUAAUUUAAAGAUUGCCAUUAUAAAAGUUUCCUUAGGGGUUGGAGCUCUAUGUUUGUGCAGCUACAUCACCCUUCCACUAUACGCCCUAGUAACUCAGAUGGGUUCCCGCAUGAAAAAAUCAAUCUUUGACGAGCAAACAUCCAAGGCCCUCAAGAAGUGGCAUAUGGCUGCAAAAAAGAAGCGUGGAAAGGCAGGAAGGCCCCCCACUAGAACCCUGGGUGGAAGUGCAAGCCCAGCUUCCACUGUCCAUUCCACUGGACAUACACUUCAACGAUUCAAAACUACUGGUCACUCAACUCGUUCUUCUUAUGCCUAUGAAGAUCAUGACAUGUCUGAUCUUGAAGCCGAGCCAUUGUCACCCACAUCAUCAACUAAUUUGAUAAUAAGAGCGGAUGAUGAGGAGCAAGCAACUGAAAUAAGUGAAACCCACCAUGUAGAAGGAAAAAAUGAAGAUGACUUCUCCUUUGUCAAGCCUGCCCCAGUACAAGAAGCAUGAACGCAGUGGGGGUGGAAGCUGGCAUGCAGGCAGUGACAAGGCUGUUGUCUGUCUGCCAAAGCUAACAGAGUCCUGUUGUGUAAAAAUUAUUUGUUGAAUGCAUUCUGCGGAAUAUAGUAAUGUGUGUCAGAAAUAUUUUGGCUAGGUAGUGCCUUUUUUUUACGUACAUUAACAGUGCUUGUUUAUAGUUACAUUUUUCCACACUAACUUGAUUUAGUGUAGAAGUUGAAUGGUUUUAUUUGAUUUGUGAGAAUCUAUUCCUGCAAAUUACCGUA